UAUGUCAAUUUUCUCGUGAAUUCAUCACAGAAAGGCAAAACAGUAGCAACCGAAUGCAGUGAAGUAUCGUAAGGCGACACAUAUGCUACACCAGUUCUUCAAACAUUGACACAUCCGUCACUUUCUUGAAACUUGAAAACCUUGAAAUUGCGCUCUUCAUUGUUUAAUGUUUUCCAUCUUAAAACAAUCUUCUUUUGCCAUCUUACUUUUCAUUUUCUCUGCCUUUGCAACUGGAACCUAGACAAUCCAUGGAGCUAGUAGCACAAUUCAAGCUUACCAUUGUGCUUUUCUUCACUAUCUUUUCGCUCUUAGCUUACAAUCAGGCUCAAAAUGUAACGUACUGUGAUGGCUCAAGGCAUUACGCUGUUAAUGUCCAAAAAUUUGAGGUAUCCCCUGAUCCAAUGUUGGUAGGCAGGCCAGCUACCUUCACCAUCUCAGCUUCUACAAGUCAACCAAUCUCUGACGGCAGAGUAGUGAUCGAUGUCUCUUUCUUGGGAUUGCAUGUCCAUACAGAAACUCGUAGUCUCUGUGAGGAAGCAUCCUGCCCUAUUGCUGCAGGCAACUUUAAGCUCUCGCACUCCCAAACUCUACCUGUCUUCACUCCACCAGGAUCUUACGCUCUUCAGAUGAUAUUGAAUGAUCAAAACAAUUUGGAAUUGACAUGCAUUGGUAUAAACUUCACGAUUGGAACUGCUGCUUUGGCGUCUGAUAUAUAGUUGAGUUUGGACUUUGGAGUAUCCUUGAGUACUUCAACUCUCCGCCUCUCUAUGUUCCAGUGGCCUCCUUAAAAGAUCUCGGAGCAUUGUUUUAUUUCAGUGAGAUUAGCUCUCCAGUUGUGCAAGCAUUUUAUACAUAUGCAGCCUGAUAGCUUAACUAGAGCAGUUUAAUUAUCUGAAUAAAAUGGCUUUUGGUUUUUGAGGGCAUGCCUGCCUUUUGUUGUUUGCAACCUCAGCACCUUCCCUGAAAGGCUUGUGGCAGGAAAACAGAGGAUAAAUCAGAAGCUCAUGACCGGAUAUUGCUGAAAGCUGAUGAGUCACUCCUGAGAGAAAGCUUGUCUUAAACUCUCCUCAUUGAUCCAACUGAGCCAUUCCACCAAUCUUUCUGCUGGCUCUUCUUUUAAAACAGUACUGUCCCAGCUGCAUAACACAAUUCAAGUCCCUAAUCACACCCUAGAUAAAACCAAAAUUUAUGAUUCUUUUUCUCAGCCUCAAAACAACAGACCAAAAUCUUUAUGCAAAGAUAACUACCAUAGAUGAAUGAAUGUUACAGUUUAACAGUUUGUUCAUUUUAAUCAAACUUCACUUUACUUUUUCAUUCUUCAUUUUUGUGGGAUUUUAAUAUUUUCUUCAAAAGCAAUAACAAAAAAAGACAAAUAAUGGCAAAAAC